AUGAAGGUCGGUUCCCACAACAGUAAACUGGGGUCAACAGAUGGCAGCAGGAGUAACAGUAAACUGGGGUCAACAGAUGGCAGCAGGAGUAACAAUAAACUGGGGUCAACAGAUGGCAGCAGGAGUAACAAUAAACUGGGGUCAACAGAUGGCAGCAGGAGUAACAAUAAACUGGGGUCAACAGAUGGCAGCAGGAGUAACAAUAAACUGGGGUCAACAGAUGGCAGCAGGAGUAACAAUAAACUGGGGUCAACAGAUGGCAGCAGGAGUAACAAUAAACUGGGGUCAACAGAUGGCAGCAGGAGUAACAAUAAACUGGGGUCAACAGAUGGCAGCAGGAGUAACAAUAAACUGGGGUCAACAGAUGGCUGGAAAUGA